GUGACGUCACCGAAGAGUCACCGAAGUCCAAGCGCAUGCGCACUUUGAAAGUAUAUUUCGGGUAGCCUUCGGAGAAAAACACAAUGGAUACUUAAAAAAAUAUUUCAUAUGAACGGCAAAGUGAUUAAGUGGUAGUUGGAGAUAGUUUUAUUCAUGUCAGGAUAAAUUCGUCUCAGUGAACUUCGAGCUAGCUUAGCUUGCUAGCUGCUAACAAAGAGACCCGAAAGUUAUCAACACGUCGCUAAGCUAAGCAGACAUCAUUGAGUGUGGCGAUUGUGUCAAAAUGUGUAAAGUACAAAUACUGAGAGCUGGGGAAUGGGCGACUAAUCGCGGCAUUUGAUUAAAUAUUUGUAGUGUGAGAAAGAAGGGAGGUCCGGGGAGGCGCUUUCUCGAACGAAAGAGGAGCACGAGCGACAACGUCAACUACUGGGCGCUGUUUUCAAGAAACCUCAGGUUGUGUUGCACAGCAGACGUCAGUGAAGAACAUCUUCCCCCUGAGCAGCAGGAGUGGAACUCCAGGAUGGAGCAGGAGGAGCCACAGCACAGCAACAUUAAGGAGGAGGAGGAGCCACAGCCCCCUGAUGUUAAGGAGGAAGAGGAGGAGCGUCAGCACCCCCACCUUAAAGAGGAAGCGGAGGAGCCACAGCCCCCAUACAUUAAAGAGGAAGAGGAGGAUCACAGCAUCAGUCAGGAGGGAGAGCAUCUUGAAGGACUGGAGGAGUUCCCACACGUUGUUGUCACUGUGAAGAGUGAAGAUGAUGAAGGUGAAAGUGAGGAGAAGAGAGAGGUGGAGCCUCCAAGCAGCAGCUCAACUCAACACAUGACAACAGAAGCUGAUGGAGACCACUGUGGAGGAUCACAAGCACACAACCUCUUAGCUCCACUAUCAGAUAGUGACGACACAACGUCACACUCUCCUGACACUGAUGAUGAAGACUCUGAAGCUGAUAUGACAUGUCACACUGACAACACACGCUGGAAAUGCUCUCAAUGUGACAAAACUUUUGUUAGCAAGGCACGUCUGAAAAUACACACGAGACAUCACACAGGAAAGAAACCUUUCACCUGCUCAUUUUGCGGAAAAAGCUUCAUCGCUAAGUCAUAUUUGAAAGAACACACAAGAAUACACACUGGAGAGAAACCUUUCCUUUGCACGGUGUGUGGUAACAGAUACUCUCAGAAAAAUUGUUUAAGAAGACAUACAAGAAUACACAUUGGAGAGAAACCUUUUUCUUGCUCGGCAUGUGGCAAAAGAUUCAAUCAAAAAGUUGAUUUAAAAAGACACACAAGAAUACACACUGGAGAAAAACCCUUUCCCUGCUCGGUGUGCGGUAAAAGAUUCUCUCAAAAAGCCGUUUUCAAUAGACACACAAAAAUACACAUUGGAGAAAAACCGUUUUCCUGCUCAGUUUGUGGUAAAGGGUUCAUUCAGAAGUGUCAUUUGAAAGAACACACAAGAAUACACACUGGAGAGAAACCCUUUCCAUGCUCAAUGUGUGGUAAAAGAUUCUGUAAAAUGAGUGGUUUAAAAAGACACACAAGAAUCCACACUGGAGAGAAACCUUUUCUUUGCACGGUGUGCGGUAAAAGAUUUGAUCUCAAAGGUAAUUUAAAACGACACACAAGAGUACACACUGGAGAAAAGCCUUUUUCCUGCACAGUUUGUGGCAGAAGCUUCUCUCAGAAGGUAAGUUUGAUUGGACACAAGAACACACACUAAAGAAAGAAAUGCUUCUUGCUGGGUGUGUCGUCGGCGAUUCACGAAUAGUACUAGUGAGAAACUUGAAAGCUUUAUUUAAAGCGGUGGUGUCCAAACUUAAAAAAAAAAAUGAAAAAAUGAAUUCAAGGGUCACUUUGAUAUGCUACAAAGUACAAAAAAGUGCAUCUCAGCUUUGUCUUAUAGAUUAAAAAAACAUAUUAGCAACUUUGCUCUCUGCUCUUUUUUUCAUUUUUCAUUUUUCCUGUUUUUGUAAAUUUUCCAAAUAUUCGAACUGUCUUCCUGAAUAAUCCUUGUAAAUUUUUUUCUCAUAAUAUUAUGACUUUAUUCCCAUAUUAUUGUUACUUUAUUCCCAUCAUAAAUUUUUUCCCCAACCUAAUUUUCAAUACAUUCCAACUUUAUUUUGUUUUGUUUGU